AACCAUUUUACCUGGGAGGACAGUGAAGUUUUGGACCUGGGAGGGACUAGAGACAUGUGGCGAGCCUACCGGGACAUGAGAGAAGCCAAUUACAAAAAUUCAGACAAAUACUUCCAUGCCCGGGGGAACUACGAUGCUGCCAAACGGGGACCUGGCGGUGCCUGGGCUGCUAAAGUGAUCAGUGACACCAGGGAAGGUAUUCAGAGAUUAACAGGCCAUGGAGCAGAAGACUCGAGGGCUGACCAGUUUGCCAAUGAAUGGGGCCGGAGUGGCAAAGACCCCAACCACUUCCGGCCUGCAGGUCUGCCUAGCAAGUACUGAGCUUCCUCCUCACUCUGCCCUCAAGGAAAUCCAGCUGUGAAUUUCUGAGGGCUGGGACAUUUGCUGAACUAGUUACUUAAUUUGAUAUCCCUAGUACUUAAGCUAGAUCACAUAAAAAUGUUUAAUAAAUGUUUGUGAAGUCCAA